AUGCUGAGCGUGAAAUGGGAGAGUGUCGACAACGAAGCAGAGGAAAGUGGAAAGGAGCGAAAGGGGCAAGCUGGUGAUGGUGCUGUGGUGGCAGCUCCGCAGGCGGGUCCUGACUGCACUGGCAGUCCACGCAACGCCCGCAGCAUCAGCAAGCCUUGGGCUCACACUCAGGCCCCAGCCCAGGGUUGGUUGGAGCUGCCAUUGCGUGGAACUUCAAAGCCCAGGCAGGGCAGGGCCCGCCCACCUACCCCUCCGUCCCAAACCGGUCUAGUGCUUGUGACCAUCUCAACGCUUAGAACCUUACAGGCAACCGGUUUGCAGGUCUCUGUUUGCUGUCGCAACGGCCACACGGGCAACGGAUGUCUGCCAAAUGCCACUUCCGCGUUCGCAGGCAAGCACCACCGCACUGCGCGUCGCGGGCCAGAUAAGCACCUGGCCGCCCUGCAAGAUUGA